AUGAGGGACGUUAAGCAAACAGUGCUUGCACGCGGGGCGGACAACACCCGCCGCUUCAGCCGCGCAGCAGGAGCGAUUCCCCGGGGCACGGCCCAGAGCGGGGGCUCACGGUGCUCAGCGAACGUGCGCGGGCACGGCCAAGACACACGGGACCCCCGGAGCCGCUCUCUCCCGCGGCCGCAGGAGCCCGCACGCCGCCCCAUCCCGCAGCGCCCCGGAACGCUGCCUCCCGCGCGCGGCUGCCCCCGCCCCCGGGCCCGCCCCGCCGCCGCCGCGCCGGCACUUCCUGCCCACGCCCAGGGAGCCUCCAACGCGCUCCCUCCCCUCCCGCCGAUGGUUCCUGCCCGGCGCGGCGCUCCCCCCUCCCGGCCCCCGGCAGGAUGGUUCCUGCCCGGGCCCAUCAGCUCCAGCCCUUCCCAACAGUCACUCCCUCCCCGCCGCGAAAAUACUCGGCCCACAAAUAUGGCGGCUGACAAAACAGCUCCAGCGGCGCCCUCCCUCCCCCAGACCGCCGCGCUCGCCUCGCCUCCCCGCCCGCCCGCUGCUGCCCCCCCACCGCAGGCUGCCGUGCCCAGUCCGCCCCGCUGUUCUCCCCGCGCCGCUCUCCCGUCCCGCUGCGGCGGGACUCACCGGCUCCCGGCCCCGCAGCCCCCGCCCGCCGGCCCCUGCCGCCCACCCGGCCGUACUCACGCUGUGGGAGCCGCCGAGGAGCGGCUGACAGACCUCCCGCUCCGCCGCUGCGGCCGACGCUCGGCCGGGUUAAUGGCGGAGGCCCCGCCGGUGCUGCCGCCUGGCCCCGCGUCCGGCAGCCGCGGGCGGGCGAGCGGGCGCUGCGAGGGCCGCGCUGCCCGCGGCGGUCACCCGGCGCUGGGUGCGGGGCUGCUGCUGCCGCCGGGCGCGGCGCAUUCGUGA